UAUAAAAAUGGUAAAAAAUUAAUUUUUAGGUUUAGCGAAAUUUCAGUUUUAAAUUUUUCAAGAAAAUAAAUCGAAAAUGGCUGGACUUAUUCCAUGCGCAAAGUCUGACACUCACUGUAAAUUUGUUGGCAAUCAGUUAGUUGAACCCGAAAAACUGGCUUUGUCAUGUACUCAGCAGAAUGCAAGCCUAGAACCAGUUUUUUCUGAUAUGAUCGGAGAGUAUCCAAACAUUGAUGUGGACUCUUCAUUCAAAAUGAAACAUUCUGGUUUCUUUUAUGAAUCAUGCGAUGAUUAUCCGCAAUCAGAUCAAAACCAAAACACACCAAAUACUAGUGAACAUAUACUUCAGCAAUGUAGAUCGUCAGCAACAGACAUCGACGAUUCUGACACGAUAAAGCAAUCAAAUGUUGAUUCCGACGAUGAACUAAACUGCACUUCAUAUACUAUUGUAAAUAAUGAAUUCACUGACAAUGAAAAGAACAAAACACACCUGUCUGCAAUGAAAACUGAUGAUGUUCGAAAUAGAAACAGGAAGAAUAAUUAUAAAGUGCCUGCCUUGUUACGACGACGAAGGGGCGUUUAUAAACGUAAACGAAUUAGAAGGCAAGUGAUCGAUCCCGUGGAACCCGCCGAGCAGAUCAAUAAUUUUAUUACCAUAAGUUUCCCAAAUAUUGAUCUUGAACGUACUUUUGGCACCGAGUCUUUGAAUAAACAUGUGGAAGACUUUGUAAAAGCGAUACGCAGUAGAAGUCCUUGGGCAGAUCAGCCUUUCCUGGAAUCUUCGAAGCCGUGUCUUUACUGCAAACAUUGUCAUUACCAAACAAAGUUCUGACACUCUUCGUAGUAUCAAACUUGUACCCAUAGCAAUACACCUCACCUCACCUUACACACUGAGGUGUAUCCAGGGUAUACAUUUGUAUACAUUUCACAGAUGGUGAAAUGUAUGUAAAUGUGUACCCAUGAGCAAAUGGAUUAUUCUAGAUAAACAGAGAGGAAGGGAUCUUGCAAUGAACAACCAGCACAUGGGGACUGCAAUCGGACGCACCAUCUAGCCAUAAACAGAAAAUUGGUAGUUAUUUGUUAAAAUAUGAAAUUAAAAAUGUAUAUUAAAAAAGA